AUGGCUACCUACCUUCGGUUGGUAGUAGUCCUGAUCCUGACGGUCCAUGUUUCGUCAUUCCUCUUCCCUAGUUUAGGUGGAGGUGGCGGCGGAGGCUGCGGAGGUGGCUGCGGAGGCGGCGGAGGAUGUGGUGGAGGAUGUGGACCACCACCACCACCACCAUGCGGAGGAGGAUGCGGAGGAGGAGGUGUAUGCGGAGGAGGUGGAGUAUGUGCUCCAGCUCUUCCACCACCACCACCAUGCGGUGGAGGUGGCGGCGGAUGCGGAGGAGGAUGCGGCGGAGGAGGCGGAGGAUGCGGAGGCGGUGGAGGUGGAUGCGGAGGAGGUGGCGGAGCAUGUGGUGGUGGAGGCGGAGGCUGCGGAGGUGGAGGUGGCGGAUGCGGAGGAGGAGGUGGAGGAUGCGGCGGAGGAGGUGGAGGUGGAUGCGGAGGAGGAGGUGGCGGAUGCGGAGGUGGAGGCGGAGGAUGCGGAGGAGGAUCCAGCGGAGGAUGCGGAGGCGGAGGAGGUGGAUGCGGAGGCGGAGUAAAAGAUACAAGUAGAACGUUCUGGAAUCUUCUGGAAGUUACCCAUAUCAAUAUCAACGAAGUAAUGAGCUCUGGAGGGUCAUCUUACGGAGGAGCCUCAUCCUCCUCAGGCGGAACUUCAUACUCUAGCGGAGGAGAUACAGCAUCGGCAUCUAGCUACUCAUCUGGAGGAGAAUCAUCUUCCUCUUCAAGCAGUGGAGGAUAUUCUGGAGCAUCAACUGGAGGAGAAUCAUCAUCUGGAGGCUACUCGAGCCAAGGAUCCACAGGAGGAGAAUCGUCUUCCUCUGGAGGAUACUCUAGCGGAAGUUCAACUGGAGGAGAAUCAUCUUUGUCUGGAGGAUACUCCAGCGGAGGAUCGGAAUCCGUAUCAACUGGAGGAGAAUCAUCAUCUUCUGGAGGUUACUCAGGAGGAUCUGAAUCUACUGGAAGCGAAUCCACCUCAUCAGGGGGAUACUCUGGAGGGAGUGAUUCAUCGGCGACCUCCUCCUCUUCCUCUUCUGGUGGCUAUUCUGGAGGAGGAGAUGCUGGAACUUCAACCGGAGGAGAAUCAUCGUCUUCAGGAGGAUAUUCUGGAUCUUCAUCUUCAUCUAGCGGAGGAGAAUCGUCGUCAGCUGGAGGCUACUCUGGAUCAUCCUCAUCAUCCGAAUCCAUCCCAGAGCCAGCACCAGAGGCUGCCGCACCAGCUCCAGAAGCCGCUCCAGCAGCAUCAUACGGAGGAAGUGAAUCAUCCGCACCAGCAGAGUCUGCACCAGUCGAGUCUGCACCAGCAGCCUCAUCCUACGGAUCAUCUGAAUCAGCCGCACCAGCCGCACCAUCCGGUGGAGACUAUUCAUCAUCCGGAAGCUCGGAAUCCGCAGCACCUGCCGCCCCAGAGCCAGCUCCAUCUGCUGGAGGCUAUUCUGGAGGAGGAAGUGACGCUGGAGCAACUUCUGGAGGAGGCAGCAACUACUCAGGAGGUGGAGAUGCAUCGGCGGCUGCCCCAGCUCCAGCACCAGCACAAACCUACUCGGGAGGAGGUGAUGCUGCAGUCGCUGUACCAGCAGCACAACAAGGUGGAUACAGUGGAGCUGGUGGAGCACCAAACGGAGCCAACUAUGAUGAAGCUCAAGAGGAUGUAGAGGAGUAUGAGGGAGGAUCAGCUGGAUUCAGAAACAGAAGAUUCUCAAAAGGAGGAGCCGCUGAUGACACACCAAUCUGUAACUCGGUUAGACUCAGGAAGUUGAUCAGACAGUCCAUCACCGAAGAUCCAGAAUCCUCAAUGCAACGGCUUGCUCAACGUGUGAAGUCUCGUCUUGUCAGUGGAGAAUUCUACGUGGCAUGCGGUGAGCAAGGGCUCUCGCCAAUCGAAGGAGAACACAGAGAGCACUGCUUCAUCAAGACCAGCACUUUCGCUUGUUAUGUCCUCAGAAAAGCUUAA